AUGCAGCAUUGGGCAUAUGUUGAAACUGUUUUCGUCUAUCAAUCAACACAUCUUCAAAAUGAUUAUGUAAAUGGGUAUAAAGCAAUAGAGUUUGUUUUUGAUCAGUCUGGAUAUAUCGUGGUAGUUACACCCAGUCGACAAGAUUUUACUAUCUAUACAAUCGAUCUCAAGACGGAACAAUACACCACCCAAUCAAUUCCAAAUCAAGCAAGAACCAUUGGAUUCUAUUUACCUGGUAAUAUGUUUUGUGCUCAAUGA